CGAAUACGGCUAGGUCUCCAAAACAUGGCGUCCGAGUUCGGGCGAAUUGUGUGGGAAGGAAGACCAAAAGACACAAAUAAUGGCCACGAAGAGCUUCUGGUAUUUGGAUAUUCAUGCAAAUUGUUUCGUGACAAUGAGAAGGCUCAAUAUGUGGAUAAAGGGGAGCAUUUGAUUCCCUGGAUGGGCGAUAGCAGUCUCAUGGUUGACAGAUAUGAUGUUCGUGGAGCUCUCUAUGACCUCAAAGAAGCUGAAUCAGGGGAGGCAGGAGACCGAUGGGAAGGACUGACUGAAGAGGAGCGGGCAGAAGAAGAGAAAUGUGAUCAGGAAAGAUACCUUGCCCUAUAUCAUGACGAAUUCCAGUACCAAGAGUAUCAAGAUGAGGAAGCCAAACGGCUGAUCAGUGAACUGGGAUCUGACACCUAUACAUACAGCCAGGUGGGUUUUAGCUAUGAUGGGCAGGCUGUUCUUGAGGGAGGUGUUGCCUUGACUGAAGAGCAGAUACUAGAACAACAGGGCGCAUUACAGCAGCAGGCUGAACUUCAGCAGCAACAACAACAGCAGCAGGAGCAAUAUACAGGGUAUUUUCCAGAGGCUGAUGAAGAUACUUUUGUGCCACCGCCAGACUUGAAUGUUCCACCUGGGAUGAUUGUGCCAGAGACUGUGAAGCAAAAUAAGAUCAUAGUUAAAACAUCCAAGUUCAUUGUGACACAAGGUGGACAGAUGGAGAUUGUAAUCAAGACAAAGCAAGCUGGAAAUCCAAUGUUUAGUUUUCUCUCCUUUGACAACCCAUUAAAUGCUUACUACAAACAUAUGGUAUCCAUGAUAAAAAGUGGCAGAUAUCGGCCAAGUGAGGAAGCAGAGUCAGGAAGAAAUAGGAAAGAGAGCGAGGGAAGUGAAGGUCAAUACCUGCAUCCAAGCCUCUCAGCUGGCAUAAAGCCUGAUCUUGCACCUGGAACACCCACUGCCAUUCACAAGCCAACAGCUGAUUGUGCAUAUUCAAAACUAAUACACAAGAUUAAAGAAAAACAGAAAGGCACUGUGGUAGUAGAGGGUAAAGACUCACCAGCACCAGUACUGGUUGCUUCAUCAACGCCGGUAUCUGCAGCCUCAGCAGAGGUUGGAGAUCCCCUGAAGAAAAAGAAGUUACAGACAGACAUCACACCAGUAGGUUCUCCCAAGAUCACUAGCUUGGUUGAUUAUCCUUCAUUCAAUCAGACAGCAGAACAUAAUUCAGAUGAUGACAACAAUGAUUCGGAGAUGGAUGAAAAUGAACGGUGCCUAAGCAAAGAGAUGGACUGUCGGGACACAGAGUAUAGUAGCAUUAAGUGGCCUCCUCCAGAUGUGCAAAUGGUCAUUGACAAGAUGGCCAGCUACAUCAUCAAGAAUGGUGCUGAUUUUGAAGCCAUGGUCAGAAGUCGAGAUGACCCCAGAUUUGAUUUUAUGAAGAAGGACCAUGAGUUUUAUCCCUAUUACCGUUGUAAGAUUCGUCUCUAUAAUGAGGUGUAUGGAGACAUAUUCAAGGAGGGUGGAGAGGAUAAGAGCAGAUCAGGUAGUAGUGAAGGAGGAGCAGGGAGCAGCACCAGCAAGAAGGACAAGCGAGGGAACAAUAAACAACCCUCGACCAUCAGCUUCUCCAUCAAGUCCCGGGAACAGGAGGUCAACCUAGAUCGGCACUCUACCUUCCCUGUGGAAUCCUCCUCCACGGAUGAUGAGGACAUGGAGGAGGAAGAGAGAGAAAGGAGGCGGAUGGAGAGGGAAGAAAGAAGGAGGAAGAGAAAGCUGAAAGAAAAGGAAGAAAGGGAGAGGAGGGAGAGAGAAGAAAGAGAGAGGAGAGAAAAGGAGGAGAAGGAAAGGUUGAUGGAAAAACCUGAUGAGUCAACUGAUGCAUCAGAUGAUAAUGAAGAUGUUUAUGACAUCUUCAAGUAUGCAAAAAAUGGCAAGAGCACUGAUGCAGAAGAACCACAAAAACCAAGCAAACUUAAUGUUGAGUCUGAGAAAAAGGACUCCGACUCUUUAUCUGCCACCACCACAGUGCUUGAGGACACCCACCCCUCUGCCAACCUGAGAGAAAGCAAGCAGGAGAGGAGAAAAAAAGCCAUGUUCCUGGCUCAAGAAAAAGUGGUGGAGAGGAGGAAGCUGUCAAUCAGCCAGCAUCUAGGCAGUUGUUUAGCUUAUGGUUGGCUGUGGAAGUUCCGCGGCCCGCUGCUGGGUUGGAGUGCGAGCCCGAUACAGUGUCACACUGGUGGGACGCCCAGCAAUGUUUAUUUUUUCGGGUGUCUCAUAUAUGAGACACCUGUUGCUAAUGGGUUAAGUAUGGCCUUCAUCUGUACCUACAUUUUUUUUUUUUUUUUUGCAGGCCCACAACUGCCCCCUGAGAUCGCUGCCCAGAUCCUUAACUCGGCGUCUCAGUCCCCGCGGUCUUCCGUUACUAGCCCCAGGAGGUCAACACCCUCCAGGUCACGCUCUCACUCUGUCAGCCCUGGCCCAGGGAUCCCCAUGCCCCCCAGGGAAGCUCCAGCACCCCCUCCCCCACCUCCACCCACCCUAUCUCCUGUACAGUCUGGACACACUGACAUGUUUGAUCCUUUCACUUACAAGGCUGGAACGGCAGAGGCAUCCUCGGCGCUAACAUAUAAAAAUGAUAGAACAUCUGCUUUGGAGUCAUGUAUAGCUUCUGGCACAGAUUACAUAGAUACUAGCAAGUCAACUGGGCUACAGGAAUCUUCUGUUCUGUCGGGAGCAAGUGAGGAGGGUCGUAGAAGCCAAAGUAUAGAGAUGAGGAGAAGCAAAUCCCGGCAAGUAGAGGCAUCUCACCGGGAGAAAACAAGGAGUCGCAAGAAGCAGCGCCGUGGAAGAUCUGAGAGUCGUUCCCCAAGCAGCCGGCGGGAUCGCAAGAAACGCAAAAGAUCGAGAUCACGGUCUCGCCGACAUAAGAAGCGACGAUCACGUUCAAGAUCACACUCCAAAACUCAUAGCCGGUCUUCCCACAAGAAGAAGCGCAGAAAGCACAGCUCACGCCAUGAGAGAGAUAGAGGAGAGAGGCGAAGCAAGAAGUCAAGAAGACGUAGUAUAUCCUCAUCAUCUUCCUAUUCGUCUGAACGUUCUUACUCCUCAUCCAGGUCUUCAUCAGAGUCUGAGGAUGAGGUUCAAGUCAUUGAUUCCCCAGCACAUAGCAAGAGAGGGUCACGUGCCUCAAGUGAGGUCAGUGUAGGAGCUUCUGAACUGUCCCUUGUUGGCCCUAUGACAAGAAUACCUGAAGAGAGUAUGUCUGGCCCCUCAACCCCACUACCACCGCUGCAUUCUUCAACUCUGCGUCUAACGUCUGCUGCUGAUGAUAAAAUGGCGACUGUAGAGGAGGAAGCUAUGAUAGAGGCAACUGGAAAUGGGAGUGCAGCAAGUAGUGGAGAAGGAGAGAUGAAAGAGGAAAAGAAAGAGGAGAAGAAGCCAUUGUUUAAUCCCCAGAGUAGUGCUGCCAUGGCAAAAAUUGCAAUGGGAUUACGAGCGAAAGUUCAUGCACUGCUCGAAAAGGAGAGCAAACUAUGAAGAAAUGCAAAUGAAAGAAGAGAUAAAAAACAAUCAAUAUUUUUGUCCAUGGGAAUUGUGAUAUGUGAUUUUGAUCUUUUGAAAUGUGUAUUUCAUUUGGCCUGAUACUGUUAUUGUCUAGAUUAUAUGCUUUGCAAAAAAAAGGGUUCAAACCUUAUGUGGAACAUUUUGGAUAUUGAAACAUUUGGAAUGACAAAGAAUUGUUGUGGAUCUGUAAACUUCGGUAGACAAUAUGUCAAUACUUUCUAUUGUAGUAGGUUUUUGUAAGUAAUUUGUGUGAGUAUUCAAGUCUUUCACUUAUUUCUGCAGUGGAAUUAAUGUUUAUAUUUAAUAA